AUGAAUGAUUUCCAUCGUCGCUAUGUAACGGAAGUACGUCGUUGUAGCGAGAUGGAACGGAAACUGCGAUGGGUCAGCGGCGAGUUGGCAGAACCGCCGCCCCCGCCCAAACCCGCGCCCAGGAUUAUGAGCCCUCGAGAGAUUAACAUAUUGGAGGAAAGAAUUGACUUCAUAGAAUCAGAGAUACAAGAAAUAACAAGAAACGCACAGAACCUUAAAACGGACUAUCUAUCCUUGAUCGAACUGAAAAUCCUUAUCGAGAAAACUCAAACAUUUUUCCAAGACCACAGCGCUCAUAGAAAAAUUUCUGCCUCAGUACAAGUAUACAAUAACGAGGGCGUGGGGGGACAUUUGGGGUUCAUAGCUGGUGUCGUGGCGACACCGAGAGUUGCAUCCUUUGAGAGAAUGCUCUGGAGGAUUUCACAUGGCAACAUUUUCUUUAAGCAAGCGCAAAUUGACGAGCCGUUAAAGGACCCUGUGACGGGUCACGAACUACAAAAGACAGUUUUUGUAGUAUUCUUCCAUGGAGAGCAAAUAAAGUUCCGAGUUAAGAAAGUGUGUACGGGAUUUCAAGCUACUCUCUACCCAUGUCCGGCUACUUAUAAGGACCAACAGGACAUGUUAGGUGGAGUCGAAAGCAGAAUUAAGGAUUUGGAAAUGAUCCUCGAACAGACUGAACAGCAUAGAAAACUGGUGCUAGCCAACAUAGCCAGAGACCUCAGUACCUGGAUGGUAGCGGUGAGGAAAGAGAAGGCAAUAUACCACACCUUAAAUAUGUUUAGUAUGGAUAUUAUCAAGAAGUGCCUAAUAGCUGAAUGCUGGGUUCCGAUGCAGGAUUUACCACUCUUGCAGAAGGCUUUGGAUGAUGGCGCGAAAGUAAGCGGUAGUCCAAUUCCGUCGAUUUUGAACCGAGUACGCAGUCUCGAAACCCCGCCCACUUUUAACAGGACUAAUAAAUUCACGCGCGGAUUUCAGAACCUCAUUGAUUCCUAUGGAAUUGCUAGCUAUAGAGAAGUUAAUCCAGCUUUAUACACAAUUAUAACAUUCCCAUUUCUCUUCGCUGUGAUGUUCGGCGAUAUGGGACACGGCCUAAUCAUGACAAUUUUUGCCGCAAUUAUAAUUAUCUUCGAAAAAUCCUUAUCAAAAAAAAAGUCAGAUAACGAAAUAUGGAACAUUUUCUUUGGCGGGAGAUACAUUAUAUUGUUAAUGGGAAUAUUCUCAAUGUAUACGGGGUUGAUAUAUAACGAUAUUUUCUCGAAAUCCCUAAAUAUAUUUGGGAGUAGUUGGAUGAACGUGUACGAUAAUCAGACUUUGGUUAAGCAUAAGAUGUUGGAUCUGGACCCAGCUGUUGCAUACACGCAGACACCAUAUCCUUUGGGGAUCGAUCCAGCUUGGCAGUUCGCAUCAAACAACAUAAUAUUCUUGAAUUCGUUCAAAAUGAAGCUCUCAAUAAUAUUCGGUGUGAUUCACAUGGCAUUUGGUGUGACAUUGAGUGUGGUAAACUUCAAAUACUUCUCGAGGCCGUACAUGAUAUUCCUCCAGUACAUUCCCCAAAUUCUAUUCUUGCUUCUUCUCUUCUGGUACCUAUGCAUCAUGAUGUUCAUGAAAUGGAUUAUGUACUCAACUGUGGCUGAAGAUCCCGCGUUUGGUUCUGCGUGUGCUCCAUCAGUGUUGAUAAUGUUUAUAAACAUGAUGCUGCUAAAGAGCACAGAAGUGCGUUCGCCCUGUCAGCCAUUUAUGUAUGAGGGACAAAAUGCUUUGCAAAGGACAUUUUUAGCUGUGGGUUUCCUGUGUAUUCCUGUUAUGCUGUUUGGAAAACCGGUCUAUCAGAUUAUAAAGAAACGAAAACAUAUUUCGGGAGUGGAAGAAGGGGAAAGUGAGAAAGUAGAAGAGCAAGAAGAGAUGGGUGAGAUGAUGAUAACACAGGCAAUUCACACUAUAGAAUACGUGUUGGGCGCUGUCUCCCACACGGCGUCCUAUCUACGCCUUUGGGCUUUAUCCUUGGCUCAUGCACAACUCUCAGCGGUGUUAUGGCAGAGACUCCUGCGCAUGGGGUUAGGCGGUGGUUCACCAGUUAUGGCAAUACCGUUAUAUAUGAUAUUCGGAGUUUGGGCCUUUUUCACUAUCGCUAUCCUUGUGCUUAUGGAGGGACUCUCUGCGUUUCUUCAUACACUUAGAUUACACUGGGUGGAGUUCAUGAGCAAAUUCUACGAGGGCCAGGGUUACGCUUUCUUGCCAUUCUCUUUCGCGGUGAUCCUGGAACAUGAUGAGGAGGACGUUAAGGUUAAGCCUACUGCUUCUCAAUGA